UCCGAGAAUCCCUGGGAGUUACUGCCUUGGUGGCCACCACCUUCAGUUGACAGUAUUGAAGGGUGAGUGAAGGAAAGAAUAAAUGCAUGAGAAGUGAGUGCACGAGAUUGACCCUUAGGGGCCACCUGUACUUACUGCACCCUUACUGUCCUCGCCCUGCUGGCUUUCCUGCCUCUCCGAGCGCCCCCUGUCGGUCAGUAGCCCAAUUCAGACUGCUCGGCCGGCUUAGCCGGCUUUCCCUCUCGGUAAUAGGCGCCCAAGUCGCUCCCGGUGACUUCUGGGGAAUGUAGUCUUUGGCGCUUGCUUGCGUUUCCUGUUGGCUUCGGCCUGAGACAGUCACAAAACUUCCUUGGGUCCCAUAAGCUAUCGCGAUGGCAUUGCAUCUCGGGAAUUGUAGUCCUCCGUUGACAGUUUCCGCCACAGUCGGCGGCAAAUGGAACGACAGUUCCCACCAUGCGCCGUGCUAAAAGUUCGCUUGCAGCUAGCCCGCGAGCUUCUGGGAGAUAGAGUUCUCAAACCGCACAGUUCCUUCCCUAUCCUACAGAGCAGGCCGGCUCCGAGGACUACAUUUCUCUGUGAGCUCCCAUUAGACCGCGGCUCCCGGCAGCGGCCACCAUUUUGUUCCGCCCAAGGAGCCCCUAAGAUGGCGGCGGGGGAGACGGUGAAGGUUGCAGCCGGGCCCACGGGGCUGUAGCCCGCCGUCUCCCCGUCUCCCGGAGGCCAGCCGAUGGCCUGGCGGAGGUCCGGACCAUGGACCUCCGCACCGUCGUGUACAAUGCCGCCCGCGACGGCAAGCUCCAGCUGCUGCAAAAGCUGCUCAGCGGCCGGAGCCGGGAGGAGCUGGACGAGCUGACGGGCGAGGUGGCCGGCGAGGGGACGCCGCUGCUCAUCGCCUCCCGCUACGGCCACCUGGACGUGGUGGAGUACCUGGUGGACCGGUGCGGCGCGAGCGUGGAGGCGAGCGGCUCGGUGCACUUCGACGGCGAGACCAUCGAGGGCGCGCCGCCGCUGUGGGCCGCCUCGGCCGCCGGCCACCUGGACGUGGUGCGGAGCCUGCUGCGCCGCGGCGCCUCGGUGAACCGCACCACGCGCACCAACUCCACGCCCCUGCGCGCCGCCUGCUUCGACGGGCACCUGGAGGUGGUGCGCUACCUGGUGGGCGAGCAUCAGGCCGACCUGGAGGUGGCCAACCGGCACGGGCACACGUGCCUCAUGAUCUCCUGCUACAAGGGCCACCGCGAGAUCGCCCGCUACCUGCUGGAGCAGGGCGCCCAGGUGAACCGGCGCAGCGCCAAGGGCAACACCGCCCUGCACGACUGCGCCGAGUCCGGCAGCCUGGAGAUCCUGCAGCUGCUGCUCGGGUGCAACGCUCGCAUGGAGCGCGAUGGCUACGGCAUGACCCCAUUGCUGGCUGCCAGUGUGACCGGCCACACCAACAUCGUGGAAUACCUUAUUCAGGAGCAGCCUGCCGGCAUGGAGGUGCAGCCCGGGCUGGCCCAAGAUGGUCCCUCUGGUCUGGGAUGCGAGAAGUCCCAGGGGGCCGGCUGCGGCCCUUCCUCCCCGGAGGAACCACUGAGUGAAACUUAUGAGAGCUGCUGCCCCACCAGCCGGGAAGCUGCUGUGGAAGCCUUGGAAUUGCUGGGGGCCACGUAUGUGGAUAAGAAGCGUGAUCUGCUUGGGGCCCUGAAACAUUGGAGACGGGCCAUGGAGCUGCGGCACCAGGGGGGCGAGUACCUGCCCAAACCGGAGCCCCCGCAGCUGGUCCUGGCCUAUGAUUAUUCCAGGGAGGUGAACACGGCCGAGGAACUGGAAGCACUUAUAACCGACCCGGACGAGAUGCGCAUGCAGGCCCUGUUGAUCCGAGAGCGCAUCCUGGGGCCCUCUCACCCAGACACUUCUUACUAUAUCCGAUAUAGGGGUGCCGUGUACGCCGACUCAGGCAACUUUGAGCGCUGCAUCCGCUUGUGGAAAUAUGCCCUAGACAUGCAACAGAACAACCUGGAGCCCCUGAGCCCCAUGACCGCCAGCAGCUUCCUCUCAUUUGCCGAACUCUUCUCUUACGUACUUCAGGACCGGGCAGCCAAGGGCAGCCUGGGCACCCAAAUUGGCUUUGCUGAUCUCAUGGGGGUGCUCUGCAAGGGGGUCCGGGAAGUGGAACGGGCCCUGCAGCUGCCCAAGGAGCCUGGGGACUCUGUCCAGUUCACCAAGGCCCUGGCCAUCAUCCUCCACCUGCUCUACCUGUUGGAGAAAGUGGAGUGCACGCCCGACCAGGAGCAUCUGAAGCAUCAGACCGUCUACCGGCUGCUCAAGUGUGCCCCCCGGGGCAAGAAUGGCUUCACUCCUUUGCACAUGGCCGUGGACAAGGACACCACAAACGUGGGCCGGUACCCAGUGGGCAGGUUCCCCUCCCUCCAGGUGGUCAAGGUACUGCUUGACUGUGGGGCCGACCCAGACAGUCGGGACUUUGACAACAACACACCGUUGCACAUAGCUGCCCAGAACAAUUGUCCGGGGAUUAUGAACGCCCUGAUUGAAGCCGGGGCCCACAUGGAUGCCACCAACGCCUUCAAGAAAACAGCCUACGAGCUGCUGGAUGAGAAGCUGCUGGCCAAGAGCACCAUCCAGCCCUUCAACUACGUAACCCUGCAGUGCCUUGCAGCCCGCACCCUGGACAAGAAUAAAAUCCCCUACAAAGGCUUCAUCCCUGAGGAGCUGGAGGCUUUCAUUGAACUGCACUGAUAGGCUUCCGAGAGGGGAGAAACCUGGAGAGGUGCCCACACCAGUCCUCGCCAUCUCCUGGUGAGCACUUCAAGUGGCAUGAAACAGGAAGAAGGGCUCUCCCGACCCCACAGCCUUUCACCUAGCAGAAGGUGGGGAGAGGAGUUAGCUAUUGGUUCUAGAAGCCUUCAGGAUCAUGCAUGUGCUCGGAGAACUACGUUUCUCCAGGAGGACAUGCACCGUCCUUCGUGGGGAGAAGAUGCGCUACUUUCUGCACAUCCCAUCUGCCUGGGUGUAGGAAGAUUUUGCUUCCUGAGAGGCAGAGGGAUCAAAGCCAUUGUUUUCCUAUCCUAGAAACCAGAAGAAACUGAAAGUUGGGUCUGUCCUUUGCCCCUCAUGUGGCUGGAUAAACCCAGCCACAGAAUGCAGUGUUAGGAACGGGGGCUCCCAGAGUGGAAAGUUGGAGGCUCAAGAAGCAAGACCAUCUCUCACUUCUUACAGCACAGUUGCCCCCCACUCUCUCCCACACAGGCAGGACUCUCUGUUUAGGGUAGCCUGCUGCUUGCGUAGCUUGGGCUGGUUUGGUGUUCUGUUUAUUUAGUAGGUGGGCAGGCUGCAGGCAUCACGGGAGUUCUGAGGUUUUGCUGCCAUAUUUUCUUUUUUUCUUAAGAAUUUGACAUUUCCUUUGAAGACUUGAUAGGUUAAUUUUGUGCACCCAGGGUUUUGUCAUGCCUGAGGUUGCCAAGGCCCUCAGGAGAAGCUUUAUUGUGUGGAGAAUUUGGUGAAGGGGGUAGCAGACCACAGUAUCUGUUCCUAAAAUGCAGGUGGCUGUACCUUUCUUAAAGCUUCACUCAUUUGCCUUUUACUUGAGCCUCCCGUAUUUCCGUCCUCAUUAGAGAAGUAUUUUUUUUCUAAAUAGGUUCAGGCCAAACGCCCAAGGAGCUGAGCUUGAUGUGUUUCCCACUGAGUGAGAACUAGCAAGGUUGUUUGGGGGCUCGGCUUUGCACAGAUUUACAAGUGCACAGCCUUGUGGGUAGCCACCCUAAGUGGCUCCAGCUACUCUCGGCACUGCUCAGGUCUUCCUAAGGAAACCCUAAGUGCAGCAUUUAACUCCAUAAAUCAGCUGGAUGAGACGGUGAAUGCUGAGAGCUGAGAUGGUACAAAGUCUUGGCUUUCCAUCACUCAGGUAUAAAGUGCGUGUGUUCGAGAACCUGCUGCAGGAAGGUCUUUCUCGUGAAGUACUGCUUACGCCCUGACAGACAAAGGGGACUCUUCCUGGCCUUUUAAACAAGAGUGAGUAGCAGAAGGGGACAGAAGCUCAGGUCACAUUCAGGACAGCAGCAUCCUUACCCCACACCUCUGCAGCCUUGUCAGAUGGCAGCUACCUGGGGCCUCGGACACCGCAGCAGGUCCACGGAUACUCUGCCCUCUGAGGACACUAGGCCUCGUGUGGGUUUGCAGUGUUACUAGGAUGUUAUUUAUUCGCAAGACCAGGUUUACCCUCUUGGAGGUGGGAAACAGCACAGAAUAAAGAAAUGAGGCCAUUA